AUGGCAUGGGAAGACUUAAGACCUAGAGCUGAAGAAGUGCCUUGGUACUAUUUGGUGUGGUUUAGUCAAGGUAUACCCAAAUGUGAGUUUAUUAUGUGGUUGGUUAUGAAAAGGAAGCUUAAGACUCAAGAUCUUCUUCAACCUUGGGAUUUUCAUGAUUCUUCAGUUCCUGUAGUGCUGGCGUGUCCUUUGUGUGAGCGUCAACAAAAUUCCCAUAAACAUCUUUUUUUUGAAUGUGACUUCUCUACACAGGUCUGGAAUGGAGUUCGAAUGAAAGCUGAAAUACAAGACAGUUCAACUGAUUUGGACGUGAUUAUUAGUACUCUGCUGCCGAUAGCUAAGUCGAAAUCAGUAAAGAGUGUUACAGCUAAGCUUCUUCUAUUAGCUAGUAUUUAUUAUAUUUGGCAAGAGCGUAAUCGGAGGUUGUUUUCCAAGAAGAAGAGCUGCAAGCAGGAAAUUAUUGGAAGUAUCAUCAACAUGGUUAGGAUGAAGCUAUUGACUUGUCGGUUUAAGAAGACCAGAAGAGUGGAACGGUUCCUUACAGCUUGGGAUCUCCCAUUUUCUUUAAUUAAUUAG